AUGGCUCCCAAAGUUGCUAUCAUCAUCUACUCCAUGUACCACCACAUUGCCACUUUGGCCGAAUCGGUCAAGGCUGGUGUUGAAUCCGCCGGCGGCCACGCCGACAUCUACCAGGUCCCCGAAACCCUUUCGGAAGACGUGUUGAAGUUGUUGCACGCCCCCGCCAAGCCCAACUACCCCAUUGCCAACUUCGACACCUUGAAGAACUACGACGCCUUCUUGUUCGGUAUCCCCACCAGAUUCGGUAACUACCCCGCCCAAUGGAAGGCGUUCUGGGACGCCACUGGUGGCUUGUGGACCGAAGGUACCUUGUACGGUAAGCCCGCGGGUAUCUUCGUCUCCACCGGUACCCCCGGUGGUGGUCAAGAAGCCACCGUCAUGAACGCGUUGUCGGUGUUGGUCCACCACGGGAUUAUCUACAUCCCCUUGGGUUACGCCAAGGCCUUCGCCCUCAUCACUUCGUUCGACGAAGUCCACGGCUCGUCGCCCUGGGGUGCUGGUACCUUCGCCGGUGCCGACGGUUCGAGACAACCCAACAAGACCGAAUUGCAAAUCGCUGAAAUCCAGGGUGCUGAAUUCUGGAAGGCCGUGCAAAAGCACUGGGUGGAUAAGAACUGUUUGCCGUGGGCCAAGGAGUACUUUGCCACCAAUGUCAAGGGCAUCUCGGUCAACGAGGACGGGGCCGAGUUGACGGUGGUGGCGAUUGAUCUGGUCACCGGCGACUGCGACGUCACCCAGCGUAAGGGCAAAGUGCUCUGCAUCUACGAUAUGGUGAUCUCGAUGCUGGUGUCGGGCACCGUUGACGGCACCGAGGUCAGCGGCAAGAUCAUGCUCCCCGAGUUUGUCCACGACCAGGCCCACGACGACUACAACUUUAAGGUGACUGGCGACGAUAUUGAAGCCAUUACGUCUAAGCUUUUGCCGUGGGUGUUGGAGCAAAUGCAAAAGUUCCAAGCCGACUUGAUCGCUGCCCACGAACAAGACGUCCAGCACGCCACUGAUGCCUAG